AUGCCUCCUACAAACACGAAUCCACAGACUGGAACAUUUAUUGCAAAAAACCUUUCAAAAUUGGUGUAUUUUACCGAGUCGAGGCAGCAAGGGGCGAUUCCUCAAGAAACGCAAAAACACGCAGCAAACUCCUCUGGUAUGCCUCCCUUGAUUUUAAAAAUCCAACCCAAAUCUAAUAUCAAAAAGAACUUCGCCUCUCUUUUCAAGAAACCCUCUUCUACUCUGUCCCAUUUGGUGUCUGUUAUUCCUUUGGAUCCUUCGACUUCCUCGGCACCACUAGAAGUUUCUCAGCCAAUUGAGGGGGUGCCUUCUCCGCAAGGUCAUGGGAUGCUUGAAUGUCGCAAAGGCAAGAGGGAAGAUGAGGCACCCCUAGGAAAGCAGGCGAAUGACACAAAGGAGGAAGGAAAGCAGAAAAUGGGGAAAGUGAAGAAGGUUGACAACCCAAGGGAAAGGAAAAGGAAUGGCAGAAAGUCACAAGAAAAGGGGGUUCCAAAGCAAUUUUGA